GUAUAACUGGUGUGAACUAGGGCUUACCAGUGACUGUAAGCCAAAACCAGAAGUGAAGCCUCCAGACAUGAGGUAGAAGGGAAAGAUCUGCACUGGGUUUUAGCUCACAAUCACUAAUGGAGAUCACCAACCAGUCAGGAGGAGGAGGAGGGUGACUUCCUGCAGACUGGUAUUCUGAGCCCCCAGCCUAGCACUAGAGAACGGCACACGGCUCAGCAUAUCCGGCGACAGUGACACCGCACAGAGAUUUUGAUAUCGUCCCAGGUCCAGGAUGAGCAUUACAACCCCCAGCGAUGAUGAUGAGACCCGGCAGUUCUACCAGCAGCUCCGUCAGUAUGAAGAUCACUUCCUGAGGAUGACAUAUGAAUAUUUCCAGGAGGAUCUGCUCCACAUUGUGGAGAACAUGAGUCUUCUACCACUUCUGAGUGAGCUACAUUCCCGAAAUCUCCCUGAUACUGAGAAAUACUGCAGUCUAGAACAUGAUAGAAGAAGAUUGGCGCGGACUUUACUACAGGAUAUAUUUCUCAGAGGAAGAGAAGCUGUGAUAGGACUGUGGGUCAGUCUCUAUGUAUUACGGAGACGUCAUGGUUCCCCCGGCCUGGACGCUGUACUGGAGGAACUCUGUCAUAGAGGUGACACUCUGGUGGAGCAAAUCCUGCUGGAUGCACAUGGACACCAACUGUCCCCACAACUCAAAGAAUUCCAGAUCCGGCACAAGAAACAUUUACAUGAAAGAACUGAGAAACUUCUAGAGAACAAACCUCCAAGAUGUGACCAGCGAGAGCAGAGUUUUCCAUUCUGUACACGUUAUGUCAACCUCAUCAUUGUCUCCACUGAUCACUUCAGAGAACGCUCUGAGAAUGAGCUCAUAGAGACCGGGGUAAAACAUGAGGAACACUUAAAGAGAAAACAUAAUGAAUUACUAUGCAUUUCCCCCAAAAAACUGUUCCGCUGGUGCCACCGAUCCGAACAAGUGCCACGUAUGGUAAUGGUGAGCGGAGUGCCUGGUGUAGGGAAGACCACACUGAUGCAGAAGGUUGUCUAUGACUGGGUGAAGGGGGAUCUCUAUCAAAGAUUCUCCUUUGUCUUUUUCUUUAAAUUCCGAGAACUUAACAGACUGGAUAAAGUUAGUCUGGACUCUCUAAUCCUUCAUCAGUACCCAUAUCUGGAGGAGCAGCUUAGUAACAUCUUACAAGAACCAGAAAAACUUCUCUUCAUAUUUGAUGGUUUAGAUGAAAGUUUUCAUAACAUUGAUUUCUCAUCACGUCACUUGUGCUCUAAUCCUACACAGCUCGAACCUUGUGGUCAGAUUGUGGUUAGUUUGGUGAGAAAGUCUCUUCUUGAUGGUUGUUCUGUCCUAAUGACCAGUCGCCCAACCAGACUGGCAUCAAUUGAUUGUAGAGUUUUCCAGAGAAUAGUAGAAAUCACUGGGUUUUUACCGGAAGAACGACGGAUGUACUUUCAAAACUUCUUCCCCGACCCUGACCUGGCGGAAACGGCUUUUAAUUAUGUGAAGCAGAAUGACACCCUGUACACGUUCUGUUACCUCCCGUCCUACUGCUGGAUCAUCUGUACAGUAUUAUCCAGGAGCUUCCAGCCAACAAGUAGUGAUCAGCCGGUGUCAUUAUUACCCAAAACUGUCACUCAGCUCUUUGCGAUAUUUGUCGCCAACAUCCUGUCCAAUCACAGCCUGGACAAAAGUGACGCUCAGAAGAUCCUGCAGUCCAUCGGAUGGAUGGCAGAACAUGGAGUCGUGAAUCACAGGCUUAUCUUUGAUGAACGAGAUCUUGAUUGUUUCCAUGUGGACAAAAAGUCAAAGCUCUUAUCGAGUUUUCUGAUGGAAUCGGAGGAACCUGUGUCCUAUUCCUUCUUACAUCUCACUGUUCAGGAAUUCCUCUCUGCCUUGGUGCAUUAUGUGGAUUAUUCUCCUGAGAAGUUACAGAAAUCACUAAUAGAUGCCAAAUCCUAUCCUGAUGGACGAGGUGAGAUGUUCCUCCGUUUCCUGUGUGGUCUAUCAGACGGCUCCACCAGGUCAAUGCUAACUGGAUACUUGGACAGACAAACAACUCGGACGUCUAUAGAUGUCAUCACUUGGCUGAAGGACUUCAAUCUAGAAGAACAGAGGCUGAUGGAAAGUGAGGACAAAAAGCGACUUCUCAGUACAUUUUUCUAUCUGUAUGAAUCGCGGAAUAAGGCUCUGGUGCUGGAAUCGUUACAAUCACACAGACGUCUUGACUUUUCUGGUGUUCGGAUGUCGGUUCUAGACUGCGCAGUGUUGGCAUUUAUUCUGGACACCUGCACAAAUAUAGAAAAACUCUAUCUAUAUGGAUGUUCCUUAGACAAUGAAGGAUUAGAAAGACUUGCUCCAGCGUUACAUAACCUGCAGGAUCUGAGAUUGGGUAAUAAUCAUCUACCAGACACUUCCUGCGUCCAGUUGGCAUCUGUAAUAAGGAAUAACCCGUCCCUGAAGAUACUUGUCCUGUCUCGUAACCGUCUGUCUGGUCCUCACUUCAGUGACUUGAUGGAGGCUCUGUCCAGUCCGGCCUGCAGGAUAGAGACAUUACGAUUGGGUGGUAAUCGUCUACCAGGCACUUCCUGCAUCCAGUUGGCAUCUGUAAUAAGGAAUAACCAGUUCCUGAAAAGACUUGAAUUGUCUGGUAACCCUCUGUCUGGUCCUCACUUCAGUGACUUGAUGGAGGCUCUGUCCAGUCCGGCCUGCAGGAUAGAGACAUUACUCUUGUAUGGUAAUGGUCUACCAGACACUUCCUGCAUCCAGUUGGCAUCUGGAAUAAGGAAUAACCCGUCCCUGAAGAGACUUGACCUGUCUAGUAACGGUCUGUCUGGUCCUCACUUCAGUGACUUGAUGGAGGCUCUGUCCAGUCCGGCCAGCAGGAUAGAAGGAUUACGGACGGUCAAGUGGUUGUUGUUGAAGUGUUCACCAAGUCGGCUAGAUGAAGGCGUGCACCUAACGGCCUUUGAAAAGGAUGAAAUAGUGGGACUUCGAGAAGCUGGACAGCCAUCAUUAAAUUCUUAGAAAGAGUUGGAUGAGAAGUGUAUGUAGUGCAUUUGUGGUUUUGAAACUGGUCAGAGGUCACACAAGUAGAGAAGGUUCUGGAUGGACAAGAUAGACAAAUAGUUUCCAUAUAAGAAGAGAUGCUAUAUCUCAAAGGAUAGCCAUGGCAUCACAAAUCGGUUUGGCUGUAGCCCCUGCAGUGACCAUCUGGACCAUGAAGAAACAGUCUACCUGAUGCAGGACUGCAUUCUUUCACUCUACUAGCUCAUUUGGCCCUGAACUCUUAUCAACGCCAAGAGGGCCUGACACUGGUGCUACACGACAAAUGGAGGCAUGUAUGGCAAACAGGAGAGUUCAGUUAUCAAAGCAAGUUUUGCUUUGGUACUAAUAGUGGCAGCAUCACAAUUCACAGGAGGGCUGUAGAGCACUUACUGCCAUUGUGCAUAGUGAGGAGACAGAGGACCUAUGGGUCGACUGCAGCUGCCACUACCCUGAUCCUCAUGGUUAUGCACACAGGGACAGAAGUUCCACCGCCAAUGCAUUGAUAAGGAAUCUGAACUGGAGCCCCAGCCCAGGUUACACUACUCAAACAUGAAAUGAUACCAUGAGAAAUGU